AUCCGCGGGUGAGGGCGGCGCGAGAUGUGCGGCGGCUGUGUGGGCACCGAGUACCCGGAGCGGGGCACCACCUGCCUGGAGGGCGGAUCGUUCCUCCUGAACUUCGUGGGAUGCGCGCAGUGCGGCCGCCGGGACUUCGUGCUGGUCGGCAACCGGGCCGCGGGUCUGCACGACGGGGAGGAGAUCGUCACCUAUGACCACCUGUGCAAGAACUGCCACCACCUGAUCGCACACCAUGAGUACACCUUCAGCGUGGUGGAUGACUACCAGGAAUACACCAUGCUCUGCCUGCUCUGUGGCCGUGCYGAGGAUUCCAUCAGCAUCCUGCCUGACGACCCUCGCCAGAUGACCCCAAUGUUCUGAUCCCCAUGUGUAUCCUGGGAUGAGCUUCCUGGARCUCUAGGAGAUCCCUGGAUCCUUGGCACUGCCAUCCCUGGGGACCACACAGUCCCUGACAUGAUUCACUACUCCAAACUUCCAGCCUGRAUGUGGCGAAUGCCCAACGCCAGAUUCUCCCGUGUCUCUGGAGCCUUUUGGCUCCGACCCCAGCUGCAGGGAUGGGAUGCAGUGCCAUGGCUGGAGUCCCCUGUGUGCUGAAGACAUAAAGGGGUCCCCACAACCUUUAGGGAUCCUAAAGGAUUUCUACCCCAUCCUGCCUCAGGAGCCCUCAUGUGUGGGGAAAUAAAUGUGACAUGUGACA